AUGCAUUCUACAGAUCUCAUUUUCUUUUAUACCUCUACAGUUAACCGAAUGCUCUCAAUCAUAAAAUUUGGACCUAUAAAGCGGAUUGGUUUAUUCCUGCGCGGGAAAACUCCUCAAGCGCAUACUUUGGAAUGGUUCCUAAGAUAUUUCAAUAUGUUAUCAUAUCACAUUCAGGGAUACCAGAACCAGCGUAAGUUGUAA